AAACUGAUAAAAAUUCCCUGUACGUCGUGUAUAAACAGAUGUGUUUUAACAAUUAAUUUGAUUUAUUGUUGAAACAUGUUACAAAACACAAACAUGUCAUCUUGACAAAAGAAACUUCGACCAAUCAAAAAAUGGAGGAGUCAACCGAAGGCAAACUGAACGACCAAAUGAUUUCCACAUACAUAAACAAGACGACGAGGAAAUCCCUCGAUACCACUGAAGAUGUUCUGCACAUGCGGAUGAUGGAGUUUCGUCUGCUUUGCAAUAAAACGCAAAUCAUCCCGGAAUUAAGCGAUCAUUCUGUGCGGAUCUUCUUGGCUGGUGGGGACAACGACGUCAACCAGGCUUUCGACGGUGUACUUGAAUAUUUCAACCAGAAAAAAGAAGCAAAACACAUGUUCGAUAACAGAGAUCCUAUGAGCCCAGACAUUCAACAAGCAUGGGAAGUCUUAAAGGUGUGUUUCUUACCAAAAUUGACACCCCAAGGGUACAGGAUUCUACUUUGCGGUCUCUGGGAUCCGGAUCCAGCCAAAUUAGACGUCCUUGCUUGCAUAAGAAUGUUCCUAAUGGCUAUAGAUGUCGGCCUGUUCUUGGAAAACGUUUAUCAAGGGUACGUCUUGCUUUUGGACACUGAAGGUUUAACCAUACGGCAUUUUCCGUGGGGGUCGCUGACCGAUUACCGGAGGUUUAUGAGAUUUCUUCAGUACGGAAUGCCGGUGUUCGUCAGGCAAAUACACAUCCUUAGGAAUAGUAAAAUGAUUGAAAGAGUCUACACCUGCCUAAAACCGUUUAUGAAGAAAGAAUUGUCUGAACUUUGGAAACGACUUUACAAAUUUUCUCAAGAUGGUCCCACCGGAUUGUCUCCCACAGGACCUAGGAGGUACAAUCCCCUCAGUACGGCCAAUACAAGACGAGCUGAAGAAAAAAGUAGAGGAGAAAAUAGAAGAACUGUCAAAAGAGCUGGCACCCGUCGUUCCAAAAUAAAAGCAUUGUUACAAGUUUUAGAACAGUCGUGCAUUUUCCUUAGCUGGUCUCUAACGAUUUUUAACGUUAAAAUUUACUUUGAAGUGUUAAUAAAGGAUGUUACCUAUAUCACAUGUACGGCAUCUUGGCUUUGAAACACCCACACGGCCACUGCACGCCAGUUAGUCACGCGUACAAUUUUUUUACCACGACAAAACUUAGUAUUUAAUAGCAGGCCAGGCGUGAUGGAGACUCGACCACAUUACGCCUCGGGAUUCAGCGGUGUAUUAAUAAUACAUAAGAUUAUUUUCCAUGGGACAAUUGAGCCAUAGCCCUGCGGCAACUGGAGGAUGAAGACUUCAGCAUAAGUCACGGUCUGGUAACAUAAUGUAAAUCCGCCUGUCAAUAAUCUCAGGCACGAAACCUAUCAAGACUGAUGAUAGGGGAAGACGGACGUACAACGCCGUAAAAACAUCACUAUUGUAGAAACAGAUGCG